CUUAUAAAGUUUAUCCAAAAUUCAGAGUACCCGAAGGAAUUAAAAAUGUACCAACAUUAAGUUUCUUGAAAUUGAUUUCAGCUAUUUUUUCUAAUGAGGGUCCUGACAAACGCUGGGAAAAUACGCGUAAAGUUCUCGAAAAAGAAGGAAUUGGAAAAUUCUGGUUCAAUGGAGUAUGGUAUAUCGUUACAACCGAUUUGGAACUUACAAAAGAUGUAUUUUCAAAAACAGAUUUGUAUCCUAAAACAUUGCUCAAUGAAUCGGACCCCGGAUCUUUAUUGGCUGAUUACUACGGUACGAACUUAAUCAUUUCCAACGGAGAUGUUUGGAAACGUCAUCGUCAUAUUGCAAGUCCUGCGUUUAAAAGUCUACCUAUGCAUGUAUUUGAUGAAACUGCUGUUAAAUUGUUGAAAGUCAUUGAAAAAGUUGAUAAUGGACCUAUAGAAGUCAAAGAUCUUAUGCAUAGACUUACCUUGGACGUUCUUGGAAGAGCUGUUUUUGGAUUUGAUUUUAAUAAUCUUGAAGAUCCAACAAACGUCUAUGUUACUACUUAUCAAGACGUGGUAGCCGAAUGUGAUAAACCUAUAUAUUUAGUUAUCCCACUCAUUGAAUAUCUCCCGUAUUUUGAUCGUACCGAAGCGCGUAAAAAAGUUGCAAAGAUUAAUGAAUUAUAUAAUGGACUUAUUGAGAUGAAACGUAAAUCAAUGGAAACGGAAGAGUUGAUUAAAAAAAAAAACAAUAAUACCGCUGAUUUGUUAGAAUGUAUGAUAUAUGCUUCUAGCGAUCCAAAAUAUCCCAUGUCAGAUGAAGAAAUGAGAUAUAAUCUUGCAAUGUUUAUGCUAGCUGGUCAUGAUACUACCGCUACUUCUUUGACAACUAUCUUAUAUGUCUUCGCCACCCGCAAGGAUGUGCAAAGAAAAGUUCGUGAGGAAAUAUUACGGGUCCUUGGCGAUACUUUAACCCCAACCAUAGAUCAGCAAAGAGAAUUAAAAUAUUUGAACAUGGUUAUUAAGGAAAACUUAAGAUUAUAUCCUCCUGUUCAUCAAUUACCAAGAAGAGAAAAUUCAGAGACCAUUAAAUUUCGAAAUCAUAUGAAAAACGCGAACAAUCUACUUGGUUACCUUUUGGCAGUGGUACCAGAACGUAACAACUUUUCACUAAUUGAACAAAGAGUGAUGUUGUGUGCUUUAUUAAGAAAAUAUGAGGUGUCUUUACCAGCAGAUAGUAAUCAUCAAGAUAAAUUACAUCUUGAUUAUUUUAAUGGUACACUUACGAAACUACAAUCAUUAAUAUGUACUAUAUAUUUGGCCGCCGAUAUAAGCACGUUAAAAGAGAAUAAAGCCAGUAGUGCAAAUUAUGGUAUCAUUUAA